AUGGCAUCUUCAUCAUCUACACCCUCCGAGUAUGUGACACUGGUAUCAGGCGACGGAUUCGAGUUCAUCAUCCCCCGGAGUGCAGCCUGCGUAUCUGGAACAAUACGACGCAUGCUGGAACCUUCUAGUAAAUUCUCCGAGGCAAUAACAGGUCGCUGUGUCCUCGAAAACCUCAGCGGAGUUGUUCUCGAGAAAGUAUGCGAGUACUUCUGUUACAACGAGAAGAAUAAGAACCAAACCAACGUGCCCGAUAUGGAUAUUCCUCCAGAGCUGUGCUUAGAGUUGUUGAUGGCGGCUGAUUAUCUGGAUACUUGA